AUGGAAAAUCUCAAAGCCAAUAUCAUCGAAUCAUCGCGUUCAUCGGUUAUGGAAGUCGCCGGAGUCGUCGAGGAGAAUCGAGUAGAUCAGAAAAAAAUUGUAGAGAGGAUUUUAACAGAAAUGGAAAAGAAUAAAAAGCAGUUGGAAGAGCUUCGCAAAGAAAUUCGCCAGGCUACUUCAAACUCAAGACCCGCUGUUGUAGCUCCGCCGGCACAAUCUGCUGCGUCGGCUAUAGUGAUUCCGUUGAAAAAAUCAAAACCUUCGGAAUUUGAAGCAAAGAAUGAGCUUCUCGCCAAUGGAAUUGAUUGCUCGUUUUGUCAACAAAAUAUUAAAGUCAAGAAUAACAACAUGGGCGAUCUUCUUGAUGAAAUGCGAAUCCACGUGCUAACGCAUUUCAACACAAUAUAUCCGACAUUCAAGAGAUUCAAUUGCAUUCAGUGCGCGAUCGGCACGAAUUUCCCCAAAGAAAUCGAGAAUCAUUUGCGGAAACAUGGGAGUUUGAUGAAAAUUACGGAAAAACGCGACAAGCUUCUGGAAGAGAAAUUAAAUGAAAAUUAUCUUCAAGCAUUGGCAACAUAUAGCUCGAAAUGUUUUCCUGAAGUCUUUGAAGACAUCCCGAAAUCGCUUGAAUCUGUGGAUCGAAAAGCGCCGCCGAUGAGAGCUUUGAGAGGACCAUUCCCAUAUUUGCUGGAUUCAUUCCGCAUCAAAAACCAUAUUCCGAACGAGCGAAUGGGACAGAUUCGAAGAUCCGAACCCGCCGAAAUUGUCCAGAUUAAUGACUAA